AUGGCUGGAAGUGCGGUUCGCAAAUACAAGAUCGCCAGCAUCGGUGCGGAUGGCAUCGGUCCGGAGGUGGUGAAUGCGACCAUCGAUGUCCUGAGAGCGAUGCAAGCGAUUCUGAAGACCUUUGAGCUUGAGUUCACUGAUCUGGACUGGGGUACUGCACGGUACAAGAAGACCGGGCGAUAUAUGCCAGAAGAUGGCCUGGACAUUCUGCGGAAGUUCGACGCCGGGCUGUUCGGAGCGGUGGGUGCACCGGACGUACCCGACCACAUCUCCCUGUGGCAGCUCCUCCUGGCCAUCCGGAGCCCGAUGCAGCUCUACGCCAACGUGCGGCCGGUGAAGAACUUCCCUAACGUUCCUUCUCCCCUCGCGGGCGUGAAACACGGUGAUAUCGACUGGGUGCUGGUCCGGGAGAACAGCGAGGGCGAGUAUUGCGGCCAGGGCGGACGGACUCAUCGCGGCCAACCGUGGGAGGCGGCGACCGAGGUGUCGAUCUUCACCCGCGUGGGCGUCGAGCGCAUCAUGCGCUUCGCGUUCGAUGUCGCCCGCCGUCGCCCGCGGAAAUUACUCACCGUCGUCACCAAGAGCAAUGCCCAGCGGAAUGGCAUGGUGCUCUGGGACGAGAUCGCGCUCGACGUGUCGAAGGAUUAUCCGGACGUGAAGUGGGACAAGGUCCUGGUGGACGCGAUGACCGUUCGCAUGGUGAACAACCCCAAAUCGCUCGACACAAUUGUGGGGACCAAUCUGCAUAUGGAUAUCCUGUCCGACCUCGCGGCCGCGCUGGGCGGCUCGAUCGGCAUUGCACCAUCCAGCAAUCUGGACCCGACCCGCCAGAAUCCCUCGCUAUUCGAGCCGGUGCACGGGAGCGCUUUUGAUAUCACCGGAAAGGGGAUUGCCAAUCCAGUCGCUACGCUGUGGUCGGCCUCAGAGAUGCUGCGAUGGCUGGGCGAGGAGCAGGCGGCCGAUAUCUUGCUCCAAGCAACACAGGAGACUUGCAGCAUGGGAAUUUGCACCCCGGAUCUUGGUGGGAAAGCCAAGACCGUGGAGGUGGCGGAGGCGGUCAUUGCGCAGAUUCGGAAGAUUGCUAGCAAUGCUUAG